AUGGCCGCCGCAGUCGCGCAGCAACACCAGCAUACUCUUCCCUCUGACCCGUCACGCAUCAGUACAAACUCCAACACCUCGCAUACCCAUCAUGAACACAAGACACCCGUCAAACGGCGCAAUCUCGGUGAUUGGGACCUGGAAAAGACCAUUGGCGCUGGAUCGAUGGGGAAGGUGAAACUAGCACGGCAUCACAUUACGGGCGAGCAAUGCGCCGUCAAGAUCAUCCCGCGUGUUCGGCAGCGAGAAGGUGCAGCGCGUGAUCCGAGUGAGCAAAAGAAGCGCGAUCAUGAUGAGAGUAAAGAGAUUAGGACGAUUCGAGAGGCGGCCAUCUCGACCCUCCUCAGUCAUCCGUACAUCUGCGGCAUGCGCGAGAUGAUGAUUAUGUCGCAUCAUUACUAUAUGCUGUUUGAGUAUGUCGACGGCGGACAAAUGCUCGACUACAUCAUCUCCCAUGGCAAGCUCAAGGAGAAGGGCGCUCGUAAGUUUGCUCGACAGAUUGCAAGUGCCCUCGACUACUGCCACAUCAAUUCUAUUGCGCAUCGCGAUCUCAAGAUUGAGAAUAUCCUCAUCUCAAAGGAAGGCGACAUCAAAAUCAUUGAUUUCGGCCUGUCAAACUUGUACUCCCCGCGCUCACAGCUGUCGACUUUUUGCGGUAGUCUUUACUUUGCAGCACCCGAGCUCCUCAAUGCAAAACCCUACAUCGGUCCAGAAGUCGACAUUUGGUCUUUUGGUAUUGUGCUGUAUGUCCUUGUAUGCGGCAAAGUCCCUUUCGAUGACCAAAACAUGCCUGCACUGCACGCCAAAAUCAAGCGUGGCCUGGUCGAGUAUCCCAACUGGCUCUCUGCUGAAUGUCGACACCUCCUCUCGCGCAUGCUUGUGACGGAUCCUUUGCAGCGCGCCAAGAUGGACGAAGUCAUGCAGCACCCUUGGAUGCUCAAGGGCUACGAUGCACCGCUCGGCAAUUUCGCAAUCAAGCGAGAACCGCUUUCACUACCGCUCGAUCAGCAAGUCAUCAACGGCAUGACGGGCUUUGACUUUGGCGACCCUGCAAAAAUUGAAAAGACCCUCACAGAUGUGCUCACCUCUGAAGCGUAUCUGGAAGCAGUCAAUAGUCACUUGGAGCACAGUAGCAGACAAUCAAAGGAUAUGCUGCACGAUGACCCAACGCGCGCGUACCACCCACUCAUCUCCAUCUACUUUCUCGUCCAGGAAAAGCAGGCCAGAGAUAAACAAGCACGCGACCCACCCAAACCCAUUAAUAACAAGACAAGCUUGCAACUACCAGCGAUUCCGGUGCCUGAAGUAGCACAUGCGGCAGAUGCCAGCUACGAAGUACGUCCACCGCCACCGGCAGAAGCACAUAUCGCGCGUCGUCCACCCGUCUCACAAUCUUCUGCGGCGGCUGCUGCUGCGCGUGCUCGAGCACGGACGCAUGGUGAAGCGGAAGUACGUGAUGCUUUGCAACAAACGCAUCUAUCAGCACCUACCUCAUCGACGCCUCCGGGCGUGGAGAACAAGUUGUCUGGCUUGUUUAGACGCAUGUCAUCGCGUCGUUAUCGGGCAGACAAGUCGCAGUCGACUUCCUUUCCUGCAGUCACGAUGGGAUCCUCUGCACCAGCCUCGGCAGCUCCCGUCUUGGCAACACCACGUAAAUCGCUGAGUGGUCGGCACUCGCUCUUGGUGGAGCAAGUUAUGACGGGAACAGGCCGCACGCCUCCCACCUCUGCAGCCGAGCCAACGAGUCUACAGCCGACCUCUCAGGAGGGACCUAAAUCACCUGAUGAGUAUGUUCAGCGGACCAGCCUCAAGGGUCUAUUUUCUGUUUCAACAACGAGUAGUAAGAGCCCGCAGGUGAUUCGAUUGGAUCUUGUUCGGACGUUGGAUCGAUUGGGUGUGCAACACAAGGAUGUCAAGGGCGGGUAUGCAUGCAUGUACAGACCUAGCAUCGAACAAGCGCCUACGAGCACAUCAGAACCUUUACCAAUGACACAAGGCAUGCCUGCGUCGCCUGCCGCUGUGGCCGUCUCUGAUCCUAUGGAGACAAGUUCGCCGAGCGGUCUUGCGCGCACGUCGAGUAUCAUGCGUAGGAAGUUGUCCUUUGCGCGUGGUCCGCGACAUCGCGCCAAUUCGAGUACGUUGCAGCAACAGCAAAAAGCGAUUGAUUUUGCAGAUGAAUCAACGGAGGAUAUGCUACAGCCGGAAAAUCCCAUGACGGGCACAUCAGCAGUGGUUGGCAGUCAGGAUGGUGCGCAUUUGAGCUUGAGUACGACGGUGAGUGGUAAUCAUUCAGACGCCCUUGCUGUACGCUUCGAGAUUUAUGUGGUCAAGGUGCCUUGGUUUGCAUUGUACGGUGUGCAAUUCAAGCGCGUUGCCGGCAAUAGCUGGCAGUACAAGUCAUUGGCGAGCAAGAUUCUGCAAGAGCUGCAUUUGUAG